GGUUGUGGAGCGGUUGAUGCGGGAGUCUGUAUAUUGACUUACCUGGUGCGGCCAGGGACUGGAGUUAGGGCGCUACCCUCGUGGGUUUCAGGUGAGGAUCCCAUCUACUCUUCUGAGAAAGCUAUCGGGUAGUAGUAUGGGAUAGGACCUGCCGCAGUCCCCAAAGAUACCAGAUGGAAGGCAAGAAAUGACGCUGAGGCUGAUGACAAAGAUAAUUUAAUGCAGAUGAAGUGAAUAGUCUCUAUGUAUUCCUUUCAACUCAGCUGUUUCUGAUGCUCGGAAGCUGUUCUUUCAUCCACAAAGAUGGUAAUAAAUCUUUGCCUCCCUCAGUUCAGACCAAGAAUUCACUGCAACAAGGUGUCAGCUGAUGGUUAUGAAGUAGAAAAUCUCAUCUCUGAAGACCUCAUAAAGAGAAGCCAUGGCUUUAGGACAGAAUAUUUCAUUAGACCUCCAAUCUACGUGACAGUUUCCUUUCCCUUUAAUGUGGAGAUCUGUAGGGUUAACAUAGAUCUCACAGCUGGGGGAUGUCAGAAUGUCACUGGCCUGGAAUUAUAUACUUCUGCCUUAUCUAGCAGAGCCCCUCAGGAUGCACAGGACUGCUGGACUACAGGUCUGAGCGAGACAUCUGUCCCAGACAAGGAGGCCUUCACCUUGGUAGGCAAAGUCUUACUGAAAAACCAGAACCAUGUAGUGUUCAGUCACAGGGGCUUCAAGGCCAGGCCACCUUUCAGUCCAAUGGAAGUCACACUCCUCUCUCCUGCUGUUGUAGCGCAGGAUCUCUGGAAUAAAGGGGCUUUUUCCCUCAGCCAUGUGGCCCACCUCAAGAUCGGCAUCACCCAUGUGACAGGCAGUGGCAUCUCUUGCAUCAAGCGUUUAGAGGUGUGGGGUCAGCCAGCCAGGACCUGCUCUCAGGAGGUGAUAAAUAGCAUCUUGUCGACAGCCUCAGAAAGCCCUUCUCAGGACUUGGGUCUGCACACUCCAGCCUUGCCCAUGGAGAGUGACUAUGACCCUGGGGGUCAAUCUGAGGGCCAGCAGUCUCCCUGUACCUUACAGGACAUGUCUGAGGUCGUUCAAGACGUGCCAGAGGAGUUCCUGGAUCCUAUCACCCUGGAGAUCAUGCCGUGCCCCAUGCUUCUGCCCUCGGGCAAGGUCAUUGACCAGAGCACUCUGGAGAAGUGUAACCUCAGUGAAGCUGCUUGGGGCCGAGUGCCCAGUGACCCUUUCACAGGGUUAGCCUUUACUCCACAGUCCCAGCCCCUACCUCAUCCUUCCUUAAAGGCCCGGAUCGACCGUUUCCUACUCCAACACUCUAUUUCAGGCUGCCACCUGCUUGGGAGAGCACAGACUGCAUCAGCAAUGACCCCUUCUAUCAUCACUCUGCCCUCAAGGAAAAGGAAGACAGGGCAGGCUGAGCACAGCUCAGACUAUAGUCUUGGCAUGAAGGCUUCUUCCUCUGCCACAAGCCCUUUACUCUCACCUACUACCUCAGAGCCGACUGCCAAGAAGAUGAAAGGUGCCAGCGAACUGGGCCUGACAGACAUGGACUGUUCAGCAGGUCCCGUGUCCCAUGAGCAGAAGCUGUCGCAAAGUCUGGAAAUUGCCCUGACUUCCACCCUUGGCUCCAUGCCUUCCUUCACUGCCCGGCUCACCAAGGGGCAGCUCCAGCUGGGCACAAGAGGGAGCAGUGCUUGCAGGAGGCCAGCCACCAGCUCCGAGCUUCCAAGGAGUGCUGGCCCAGAGUGUGCCUCCUGCAGACGAGUGUUUUCUUCCUACACCACCAAUGAGCCUGUGUACCAGCUGCCCUGUGGCCACCUUCUGUGCCGACCCUGCCUGAGUGAGAAGCAACGUUCCCAGCCCAUGAUGUGCACAGCCUGCCAGCAGCCGGUCACCAGCCAGGAUGUGCUGCGGGUCCAUUUUUGAGUGAUGAGCCUCAACUGAUUAAACCCCAUUUGGGAGGGAGACUGAAGAUGAAGGAAGCAGGAACAGGGUCCCAGUGCCUCUGUUCUCUCCUGGGCUUGAAUACCUCAUGGUGUGUUAUGGGGACUGGGUAGGGACACCCUACUCCUGCUUAGGCAACAACAGGAUGACAAAGCCAUAGGGCUGGGCUGGGGAAAACACCCUCUUCUCCUUGGCCUACCUUGCCACUACCCAACCAGAGCCAGCCCCAACUGUUCAGGAGCACUCCCUGAUGUCCCCAUGUUUUCUGCAUACAACCUUCUAAUGGAGUUUUGUGACUUGGGACCUCACACAGCCUUCUCUGCCUCAGGGUCACUCAGAAGUGGACCAUGGUAGCGGCUGUUAAGCACAUGACUUAGCCGUGUGUACCCCCACCCCUGCAGACACUUGCAGCCUUAAUAAAGUGACAGUUGACGUUCAAGGAUUCCUCCUGGACACAGGACAGGACAGCCACAUGCAGUUGCAGCCACUGGGUAGGCAGAGGUUCAGAUUUAUCCAGUGUGGGUGCGUCAGUGCCAGUGGAGGGCAAGUAGCUUCCUUCAGACCAGGUGCCAGAGUUGCUCCAAGGGAGAGAAUCCCUGUUCCAUAUGGAGCCUGCGGGAGGAAAAUGGGAAGUGUCUUUAAUGAAGUCUGUCUGUGUGGGCACACAUGGUGUGCCUAUGGAAGUCAGUGCUCCAGGAAUCAGCUCCCUUUCCAACUGUAUGGCUCCCAAAACCUCAGGACAUCAGUGAUGUGGCUGUGACUACUGUCUGAACCAUCUCCUGGGAUCCCUAGGCUACGUUUUUUCCUUUCAAAAUUAAACCUUAUGGAGUCUCAAAGAAAUAGACUGCAUAUAGCUCUGUUGGCCCUGUCAAGAGCUUCCAGCCAGGAGGAGGGCACCUGUGUGGUCCUCACACUGGCCCACUCCCUUUCAGGCAGUCUGCUCUGUUUCUGAGGUGACUCAGCCCUUGAGCCACAUGUUUGUUGUCUCCUCUGGUUGCCCAGAACUCAGUCCUGAGAUUUAGGGAAUGUGCUUUCAGAUGUCAGGAGAUGUGUCCAUAGAGGUAGCCGGUGGGGACAUCAACUCCUCUCUCCUACACACCACCAGUGCCUGUUGUUCUUCAGCUUUGUGUGACACCAGGGUCUGUAUGGACAGACCACCCCGCCUUGCCUGGUGGCUCCUGCACAUCCCACUCUACGCCUCAGCCUCCCUUCUAGGUGUGUGUUCUUAGCUUGUGCAACUACAGAGGGCGUGGUUUGUGGCUCAGCCCCUACCCAUAACCUGCCAUGGUGUCCAGAAUAGCCAGCCAUGGUCUCCGAGUAGCCUACUUUCCUCUGUGUGAGUACUGGGAGCCAUCCCUGCCCUCCACUCCCAAGAGCCCCCAAGUUACCUCUCUGCAGCUCUACCAGAGGUGCCUGGCCUACUCUGCUGGAAAACUAGGCCUGGGAGCCCCUGGUGUGGGCUGGAGAAGCCCUGGGGGCUGGGGCAGGGAGCCAUCCCCUCACCGUAAAUGUGAUUACGUUUUCUCUUAAAGAUCAGACCCCUAGCCGCAUGGAAGUGCUCUUUCUCCAUCCCUACCAGAAACAUUGUGAUUUUCCCUAGCAUACAUGAGUGAAAGCUGGGUGUGGUGUAACAUCUGAAGGACUGCUGUGAGUUCAAGGUCAGCCUGGGCUACAUAGCAAACACUUGUCUCAAAGACACUGAAAUAAAAAUGUAUUUGGC